AUGGCCAAUUUCCGCAUCCCCCGUCCCUCGGGUGGUAACCUGGGGAGAACGAAGAACCUGAUCCAUUUCACCCAAGCCCUCAUCAUCUUUGUCGCCUGGGCCAUGACCAUCGCCAUCUGGACCAAGGGCAAGGGCGAUACGGGCGGUGCUAUCGAUGGUCGCACCGUCUGGUACUGGAUCCUGUGCUGGAUCAGCGUCCCCGCCUUGGUCUACCUCGCGGCGGUCCCCAUGUGGCCGCGGGCCCGGCGCUUUGGGAAUGUUUACGCUUUCGCCACGGUCGAUAUCAUCUACGCUGUCUUCUGGUUCAGCGCCUGGAUCUGCCUUGCUUCCUACGUUGCGCAGGGCAAGAGCAUCGGGAAAUCCUCUGACAGCGAUAGCAAGAACAGCAAGGACAGCAGCAGCGGCGGCGGCAGUAGCGGUAGUAGCAGCAACAACAAGCGAGCCAGCAGUGACAGUAACAGCAGCAGCAGCAAGGGUGGCUGCGACAACUGGGCAUAUGGCAAUGCCAGCAAGUGCAACAUCAGCACAGCCACUACCAUUAUCGGCGUCGUGAUCUUCAUCCUCUUCGCUAUCACUGCUUGGAUGUCCUUCCGCAAUGUCAUGCACUUCCGCCGCACUGGUACCCUUCCCGAUGCCGUCUCCGACCCGACCUUCGCUGCUCAAUCCAAGGCCGCCUUCUCUUCCAACCCGCCCCACGACUUCGAGGAGGAUGAGGAAGACUUCCGCUCCGGUCGCGGCGGUGGCAUGGCUGCCCCGUCCCGCGGCGACCAAGACGAGGACUAUGCCCUGCUACAGCAGAGUGAGGCGGACGAUCUGGGCGGCCGGUCCGCGAUGCACGGCGCCUACGAUCCCACCGGACCUGCCUCGAGCAGUGUCCUCCACGACUACGGCAACACCAGCUACACCGGUGCCGAAUCGAGCUUCGGCGGUACCAACACCAGCUACGGUGGUAGAAAUACUAGCUACGGUGGCUCCCAGGCCGCACAGAUGCCGUAUUCGCCAUCUGAGUACAGCACAACAAUGAGUGGAUACCCACGGUAG